UAAAAAUAAAAAGGAAAAAUUGAUAUCGUUUUUCUUAUAUGGCCUGCUCUCUCCCACAUUCAUGGCACCAUGGUCCGUAGCCGAAAGUCGCCGCUCCUUCCUUCUUUCCUUACCCUUGUAGCUUUGCUCUCUUCCGAAGCAAGAUACCCAAGUCUCUGGACUUCUUUCUCAAAAAUUAAAAUCUGUAAUCUUGUUUCUUGAAUUCCUUCAAUUAAUCCAACACUCAACCAAACUAAAACUCUUAAAACAAUCCCCGAUUCCUCCUGCCUGCUGAUUUUCAGGAUUUGGUAUCGGUAUCGGUACGCGUUUUGCCGAUUAGUUCCUCCGAUAAGGAAGUUAAGGGACCGAUUUUAAUUUGGGGAAGAAGCAGAUGUCUAAAUUCGAGGGGGUUCUUGUGUCUGAUCAUUGGCUUCAAAGCCAGUUCACACAAGUUCAACUUCGUACCCUCAAAUCCAAGUUUGUAUCAUUUAAGAAUCAAAAUGCUGAACUUACGGCUGCGGACUUGCCUCUAUUGCUUGCAAAAUUGAAGCCUUUUAGCGAGUUGUUUAAGGAGAAGGAAAUAGGGGACUUAUUAUCUGAAUCUGGUUUCGACAUGAGCAAUGGAAUUGAUUUUGAAGUUUUCCUCAGGGGUUACCUGAAUUUACAUUCACAUGCUGCUGCCAAACUGGGCAAUUCAAAUAACUCGUCUUCGUUUCUUAAAGCAACAACCACAACUUUGCUUCACACCAUCGAUGAAUCAGAGAAAGAAUCUUAUGUUGCUCAUAUCAAUAGCUAUCUUAGAGAUGAUCCAUUUAUGAAGCAGUUUCUUCCCAUAGAUCCAGCUACCAAUGCUUUGUUUGAGCUGGCUAGAGAUGGAGUUCUUUUAUGUAAACUCAUCAAUGUUGCAGUGCCCAAUACGAUAGAUGAACGUGCUAUCAACACCAAAAGAGUACUGAAUCCAUGGGAAAGAAAUGAAAAUCAUACUCUUUGCCUUAAUUCUGCUAAGGCUAUAGGAUGCACAGUAGUAAAUAUUGGCAACCAGGAUUUGGUCGAAGGAAGACCUCAUCUGGUUCUUGGCCUAAUUUCUCAAAUUAUAAAGAUCCAACUCCUGGCAGAUCUGAACCUUAGAAAGACCCCUCAACUUGUAGAAUUGGUGGAGGACAACAAUGAUGUGGAGGAGCUUAUGGGAUUAGCACCUGAGAAAGUCCUAUUAAAAUGGAUGAAUUUCCAUCUUAAGAAAGCAGGAUACAAGAAAGCGGUGACAAAUUUCUCAUCUGAUGUGAAGGAUGGAGAAGCUUAUGCUUACCUGCUUAAUGUUCUUGCACCAGAACAUUGCAGCCCGGCCACAUUGGAUACAAAGGAUCCAGCUGAAAGGGCAAAUUUGGUACUUGAGCAUGCAGAAAAAAUGGAUUGCAAAAGAUACUUGGCUCCUAAAGAUAUCGUUGAAGGCUCUGCAAACUUAAAUCUUGCAUUUGUUGCACAGAUUUUCCAUCAAAGGAAUGGUUUGUCUACUGAUAACAAGAAAAUUUCAUUUGCUGAGAUGAUGAGUGAUGAUGAACAAAUGUCAAGAGAUGAAAGAUGUUUCAGGCUGUGGAUCAACAGCCUUGGGAUUUCUUCUUAUGUCAACAAUCUGUUUGAGGAUGUCAGAAACGGAUGGACGCUUCUGGAAGUUUUAGAUAAAGUUUCUGUGGGGUCCGUCAACUGGAAACAUGCAACUAAGCCUCCAAUUAAGAUGCCAUUUAGGAAAGUUGAGAAUUGCAAUCAAGUUAUCAGGAUCGGAAAGCAGUUGAAGUUUUCUCUUGUCAAUGUAGCUGGAAAUGACUUUGUUCAAGGGAAUAAGAAACUCAUACUUGCUUUCUUGUGGCAGCUGAUGAGGUUUAACAUGCUUCAGCUUUUGAAGAACUUGAGAUCCCACUCUAAUGGGAUUGGGAAGGAGAUGACCGAUUCUGAUAUUUUGAAAUGGGCAAAUAGAAAAGUCAAAAGCACUGGAAGACUUUCUCAAAUGGAUAGCUUUAAGGAUAAGAGCCUUUCAAAUGGAAUAUUCUUCCUUGAGCUUCUCAGUGCAGUGGAGCCGAGGGUUGUCAACUGGAACCUCGUGACCAAGGGCGGAAGUGAUGAGGAGAAGAAGUUGAAUGCAACUUACAUAAUCAGUGUGGCAAGAAAGCUUGGGUGUUCACUUUUCUUGUUGCCUGAAGAUAUAAUGGAGGUGAAUCAGAAGAUGAUACUUAUGUUAACAGCAAGCAUUAUGUAUUGGAGCCUUCAGCAAUCUACAGAUGAGUCAGAAUCAUCUCCUUCUCCUUCAUCGGUUUCAGCAACUCCAGAAGCUUCACCCGCACCUUCUGUCAAUGGUGAUGAAGACAGCUCCAUCUCCAUGACUGGCAGUGCUGCUGAAAUCUUCAACUUGUCCAUUGAUGAUGCAGCUUCUGAUACCACAGUCUCUUCUAUUCAAGAAAACAACAAUGAUGCUGGUUUACAGUGAUACCUACGUUACUUUUUUUUUUAUUAUUAUUAUUUGUAAGUAAAAAAAAAAAAGGGGAAAGGGGGCAAGAGACAGACAGAGAGAGAGUAUACUUAAAUUGGAUAAAAGAAAGGGAACUAUAGGUAGAGAACAUAUGAAUGCAUACUGGAGAUGGAGAGAGAGAGAGAGAGAGAGAGAGAGAGAGAGAGAGAGAUAGAUACGUUGAUGUUUUUUUUUCUUGCUCUGAUAAAAGUUUUUUGAUAUUGUUUUGUUUUAUUGAAAUAAGUUGUACAUUCUUUCUGAUGUAUGAAUUAUGAUUCACGUUCCAUUUUUUAUUCAUAUAAUGAGACACAUAUAAAGAGACAAUCAAAUGUGUUGAUCGAUC